AAACCCAAGACAGCUGAAAACCAGAAGGCGUCUGAGGAGAAUGAGAUUACUCAGACGGGUGCAUGCAGCGCCAAGCCAGGCCUUCCCUGCCUGAACCUUGAAGCUGUUCCGUCUUCGGGCCCGGCCCUCAUCCACUCACCACAUUCACCAACAAACCUGCACGCACACACAGGGUCAUCUGAUUGUAACAUCAGUUGCAAGGGGAUGACAGAGCGCAUUCAUAGCAUCAACCUUCACAACUUUAGCAAUUCUGUGCUCGAGACCCUCAACGAGCAGCGCAACCGUGGCCACUUCUGUGACGUGACGGUCCGCAUCCACGGGAGCAUGCUACGCGCCCACCGUUGUGUGCUGGCGGCUGGCAGCCCCUUCUUCCAGGACAAGCUACUGCUGGGCUACAGUGACAUCGAGAUCCCCUCGGUGGUAUCAGUCCAGUCUGUGCAAAAGCUCAUUGACUUCAUGUACAGCGGGGUGCUGCGGGUCUCACAGUCGGAGGCCCUCCAGAUCCUCACAGCUGCCAGCAUCCUGCAGAUCAAGACUGUGAUUGAUGAGUGCACAAGGAUCGUCUCGCAAAAUGUGGGAGAAGUCUACCCAGUGAUUCAGGAUUCUGGCCAGGAGACACCCAGAGGAACACCCGAAUCAGGCACCUCGGGUCAGAGCACCGACACAGAGUCUGGCUACCUGCAGAGCCAUUCACAGCACAGUGUGGACAGGAUCUAUUCAGCUCUCUAUGCCUGUUCCAUGCAAAAUGGCAGUGGGGAACGCUCCUUUUACAGUGGAGCUGUGGUUAGCCACCAUGAAACUGCGCUGGGACUCCCCAGGGACCAUCACAUGGAAGACCCCAGCUGGAUUACCCGUAUCCAUGAAAGGUCACAACAAAUGGAGCGGUACCUCUCUACCACUCCUGAGACCACACACUGCCGCAAGCAACCACGCCCAGUUCGCAUUCAAACCCUGAUGGGCAACAUCCAUAUUAAGCAGGAAAUGGAGGAUGACUAUGACUACUAUGGCCAACAGAGGGUGCAGAUCCUUGAGCGCAAUGAGUCAGAGGAAUGCACUGAGGACACUGACCAAGCAGAAGGCACUGAGAGUGAGCCGAAAGGGGAAAGUUUCGACUCGGGAGUCAGUUCCUCCAUUGGCACUGAGCCCGAUUCCAUGGAGCAGCAGUUUAUGGCUGGUCCGGGCCGGGAUGGGCAACAAGAACCUUCUCAAGCAGAUCAAACUGAUGUCCCUGCUGAUGGCACUCAGCCGCAGCAGCAGCAGCAUAUAGAUGCCAACUCUUCCUCGCCAGAGAGAAGCAAUGACAUUGAAAUGGACAGCAAAGUGCUCACAGUCAAUAACAGCACCGAAAAGGGGACUUUGCAGCCUUCUGUCAACACAACUGUUGCCCAACCAUUGCCAACCACACAGAUCUACUUACGCCAGACAGAAACCCUCACCAGCAAUCUGAGGAUGCCACUGACUCUGACCAGCAACACUCAGGUCAUUGGCACAGCUGGCAACACCUACCUGCCUGCCCUUUUCACCACACAGUCUGCUGGCAGUGGCCCUAAGCCUUUUCUCUUCAGCCUGCCCCAGCCUUUAGCUGGCCAACAGACACAGUUUGUGACAGUGUCCCAGCCUGGCUUGUCAACCUUUACUGCUCAGCUGCCAGCCCCACAGCCCUUGGCCCCAUCUGCAGGCCACAGCACAGCAGGUGGGCAAGGCGAAAAAAAGCCUUACGAGUGCACUCUCUGUAACAAGACUUUCACCGCCAAACAGAACUACGUCAAGCACAUGUUUGUACACACAGGUGAGAAACCCCACCAAUGCAGCAUCUGCUGGCGCUCCUUCUCGUUAAAGGAUUACCUAAUUAAACACAUGGUGACGCACACCGGCGUGAGGGCAUACCAGUGCAGCAUCUGCAACAAGCGCUUCACCCAGAAGAGCUCCCUUAACGUGCACAUGCGCCUCCACCGCGGGGAGAAGUCCUAUGAGUGCUACAUCUGCAAAAAGAAGUUCUCCCACAAGACCCUGCUGGAGAGGCAUGUGGCUCUGCACAGUGCCACCAACGGCACACCUGGAGCCACCGGCACCGGCGCGAGGGCUGUUCCUGCCGGGGUGGUGGCCUGCACAGAGGGGACCACAUAUGUCUGCUCUGUCUGUCCAGCUAAGUUUGACCAAAUCGAGCAUUUCAACGACCACAUGAGGAUGCAUGUGUCAGACGGAUAAGUAGAAUCUCUCUCUCUCUCUUUGUUUAUGAACAAAAACAAAAAUAGAAACAACAAAAAAAGCUAUGGCACUAGAAUUUAAGAAAUGAUUUUUUUUGUUUCAUUUUUACCUUUAUUUUCCUCCUUUUUUUUUUUUUCCUGUUUAUUUUUUUGUUUGUUUCUUUUUGGGUUCGUUUCGUUUUGUUGGUUUUGUACUACAUGAAGAACUGUUUUUUGCCUGCUGGUACAUUACAUUUCCGGAGGCUGGGUGAAUAAUAAUUUUCCCAGCCUCUCUUGGAUGGUGGCCUUAAGGCCAGGUAGUGCUUCAUGAGCUCCACUGGUUGGAUCUCUAGCUACUGGCCUCUAAAUACAACCCUUCUUUACUACAAAAAAAAAAAAAAAAAAAAAAAAAAAAAAGGAAAAAACCAAACCAAAAAAAAAAAAAAAAAACAACCCUACACAGGAAAAAAAAUCAAAAACAGACAGAAAAAAAAAAAGUCUUUUUUCUCACUUGUGAAGAGCACUACAAAAAAAGAAACAAAACAAAAUCUAUUGCAAAUCUACAAGGCCUACUGUCAUUUAUAUAAGUACACCGCUCGCAGUGUUGUUUUCAAUGGACAUGAUUCACAAUGCUGACCGCUUUUGGACUUCACAGUAUCCAGUUAAAACUGUGGAAUAUUUUUGCUUCUGGUUGAGCAGCAACCAGAGGAAACAAGGCCCUGCUGGUUUCCACCACGUGUCUGCACACACACACGCAUCCGCAAAUGCACGCAAGGGCUGAGGGCAGCGCAAGGCAGUGUGGCUUGGGUAGUGUGGAGUCCCUGCAGAGUGAGGAAUAUGAAUCAGAGGUUCCUCACUUGGAUUCUCCUCCAUUCCACGCUCUCUGGCGCACCCUCCCUGAAUGCUUUUCUCAUACCACCACCUUACAGCAGAAACCAAGAAGAUUCAGACAACGAGCAACGGUGGCUUUUUGGUAAUUUAUUGAGUGUCUUCGCUGAGCCCAGGGCCUCAGCACAAUCAAGAGGGACUGUCACAGAAGGCAAAGAGAAACACAGAGGAAAAAUCAAAGAUGUCAGAGGUUGUAACCUAUGGAUCUAGGUACAAGAGAAGGGUUUAGUUCCCACAAUCUUUGCAAAAAAAAAAAAACCAAC